CUCAGCUUGCUGCAUUAGGCACACACUAGGUGUCCAAGUGUCGAACAGCUCCUAAGAAUCAUCUUGCAUUAAUUUUUACAGUCUCGUGCAGAAACUCCCUGUGACCACAUUCACUGACAGCAGGUAACCAUACAAACAGGCUUUUGCAGAUUUUAGCUGACAUUCAUGGGAGAUUGGGGAUAAUUCAUUAAAUGACAUUAGGUUUGGGUGAAAAAUGUGCAGUCCUCUGAAUUUAUGUCUCUUUGUCUCAUUGUAUUAUUUUCCCAGAACAUUGCAUGAUUUGUGCUGAAGAUCUAUUGCUGAAAUCAUGUGGAUGUGGAUGCGCAGGAGAAUGUCGUGUUUUGUUUUAUUGCCAACAAUUGCUAUAAUGAGAACAUGGAUUGACCCAAUUGUCGCCGGUGCCCAAGUUGCCAGCUCUUUCUAUGACACUGGACUGCUUCUGGCGGUAAAGAAUCACUACAACCAUACUAUAGAUGCUUCUAACAGCUCUAGCGAGGACACAUUACAAAAAGCCAUCUCCAAUUUCUACAUCAUCCACAACCUAAUUCUAGGGUUAGCCCCUUUGCUCUCGGCUUAUAUCCUGGCAAGACUUAGUGACAAGGGGAACCGAAAGAUCACCAUCUGUGUACCUCUAGCUGGGUACCUCAUUUCUAGGUUAUUCCUAUUGUUUGUCAUUCUCUGGGACUGGCCAAUAGAAAUCAUGUAUGGAUCUGCAGCGCUGAAUGGUUUAACAGGCUGGUUUACAGCUUAUUGGUCUGGUGUGAUGGCCUGGGCUUCACGAGGUUCAUCUGAGAGCAAAAGAUCUCUGAGACUUAUCAUCAUUGAACUGGUGUAUGGACUGGCAGGGUUCAUAGGCAGUUUGGCAUCCGGUCACAUAUUUGUGCAUUUUCAAAUUACCAGGCACAAUGGUGUUGUCCUUGUUUCCUGCAGCCUUGCACUUUAUUUAUUUUGCCUCCUGUACAGUAUUUUUGUAUUAAAGCCGCCACAUGUCGAGGGUAUACAGAACGUUAAUCCUAUACCAAGUGACAGGGAAAGUAAAAACAAAGUUGCAGCACCAACAGAAAAUUCCAGGCUACUUGGCACCUAUUCUGAUGGACAAGCUGCUUCCAUCCUGGCCAUCAACACCACGCUCCCACCAAAAGUCUUGAUAGCCCUACUUUUCACUGGAGCCAUCUUCUACAAUGUUGCUGUCAGUGGAGCUGUAGACGUGCUUCCAUUUUAUGUGAUAAAAGAGCCGCUAAGCUGGGGCCCAGUGUUCAUUGGCUAUGGCAGUGCUGCUGGUUACCUGAUAUUCAUCACCAGCUUCUUAGCUGUGUAUAUUUUGUCCGGGCGUGUGAAGGAUCUCGUCCUAACGUGUAUUGGCAUUGUGUCCUUCUGUGCGGGUAUAUUAAUCAUGGCCUUUGUGCAAAAAACAUACUUAUAUUACAUAGGUAAGUAAAAAUCGAAAUGCUUAACUGGCCAAACCAUUUGAAACCAGAUGUUAAAUCCGGUCAAUAAGCCUAAUUAAUUGUUGUUGUUUAAAAAAAAAAAACCCUCCUAGUUUUUUUUCUAUUUUCUGUAACUGUUGGAACUACCAAAAGACAAGAUAUGCAUACAGGAUUAUUUACUAAAAUGAGAAUCCAAGGUUAAUUCAGAGUUGCUAAACUGAAAAAAUAGCUGACUUAGACAACCUUUCCAGUUUGGCUAUUUUUCCCUUAAAGGUACACUAUAGUCAACAAAACAAUUUUAGCUUAAUGAAUCAGUUUUGGUGUAUAAAACAUGCCUCUGCAGUCUUAAUGCUCAAUUAUCUGCCAUUUAGGAGUUAAAUCACUUUGUUUAUUAACCCUAGUCACACCUCCCUGCAUGUAACUUGCACAGCCUUCCUAAACACUUCCUGUAAAGAGUCAUCUAAUGUUUAUCCUUCCUUUAUUGCAAGGUCUAUUUAAUUUAGAUUUUCUUUUUAAUCCCCCACUGUAUUAAUAGCUUGCUAGACCCUGCAAGAGUCUCCUGUAUGGGAUUAAGGUUCAAUUUACAGAGCAAGAGAUAAAAUUGUUUAAGGUAAAUUACAUUUGUUUGAAAGUGAAACCAGUUUUUUUUUGUUUUUUUUUCAUGCAGGCUGUGUCAAUCAGAGCCAGGGGAGGUGUGGCAAGGGCUGAAAAUAAGAAACAAAGUGAUUUAACCUCUUAAGGACCAAACUUCUGGAAUAAAAGGGAAUCAUGACAUGUCACACAUGUCAUGUGUCCUUAAGGGGUUAACUCCUAAAUGGCAGUGAAUUGAGCAGUGAAACCUGAGACGCAUGAUCUAUACACUAAAACGGCUUCAUUAAGCUAAAGUUGUUUAGGUGACUAUAGUGUUCCUUUAAAUGUGAAAUUCACUUUGAAUUAUCACUGUUGUGAAUAACCCUGAUAGAAUCCUAAUCUCUCAGACUCUAAAAUUCUCCCAUAGUUGUGCAAAGGGUGAAUGAAGAAUUUUUUUAGUUGCAUUACAAGCUUUGAUUUUCAAGUAACUAAAAAGCAAGAUCUAUAUGAAAUCAAAGCCCCACCUCUUCUUGUUUAAAACCAACAUGGACUUUGACAACAGACACAUGCCCUUAUUGAUGCAUGCACUGACAUACACUCAGUGACAGAUACAGUCAUUGGCACACACAAUGUUUAACCAACACACACUUUCACACCCACUCACUGACAGAUACACCCCCCCCCCAUGCACAUACACUGUCAUACACUCACUGACAGACACACACACACACACACACACUGAUUUGAUGCACACAUCCUCUCUGAUUUAACACACUCUGACAGAUACACCCAAUCACUCAGACACACAGAAAUAGACACACACAGUCACUCACUUACAGGCACACACAUUCACUGACAGACGCACACACACAUUCACUGACACAAAUAUUCACUGGCAGAAACAUACACACUCACGGACAGACUCACAUUCACUGACAGACACACAUUGAUACUGACACACUCACACACAUUUUAUUUUAAAUUCUACCUUUGACAGAGUUGGAGUGGAUUAUUCUGCCUUCUGACUGGGCUGCAGGGCAGGCAGGCAGGUGGGUGCACAAAGGUGCUGUAAUGUUUUAGUUCUGAUCUCUUGUGCACCACACAGUGAUACUGGAGCCGGACUGAUGUCUUAUUCCGUCUCCUGGCAUCACAGCAGGGCACACAAGGGAGUAGAGCAAGAAGAGCACAGAGGACAGUGCUCCCUUGCCACCCAGCUACAAUAGACAUUUGGUGGUUACAGAAUGAAAAUGCUUCAGAGUAGAUGUGCGGGUUAUAGAGAAGCAGAGGUGUUAAAGUGUAGCAAAUUUAAAGGGACAAUGUAGGCACCCAGACCACUUCAUCUAAAUAAUGUUUACAUUGCAGCACUAAGUCUGUCCUCGGUGGCUGUCUACCAGACAGCCAUUAGAGGGCUACCUGCACCGUAACAGACCUUUGGUCUGUUAUCUGAUGCUGAACGUCCUCAUGCUCCAGCUCCAGGACCGUCAGCGUCAGAUUUUUCCCCAUAGGAAAGCAUUGAUGGGGUGACAGGUGUUAGGGGGUGACACACUGGGAAUUGGGGGAUUAUUGGGGUGACUGACAGAGGAUUUGGGGUUGUGGAGUGACAGUCAGGGGAUCACCAUCAUUAAACCCCCAAUCCCUGUGUGUCACACCAUUAAUCACCCUAUCCUCUGUGUGUCAGGCACAUUAACCCCCCAUAAGUUUACUUAUCUGAUAGAACACCGUAGGGGGAACUGUCAGGCUCCCUUCACAAUUUUCAGCAAUUCCGUUUAUGCUUUACCCUGCGUUGCAAGCAUAGCCUCCUGCACAUAAGUCCCACCCCCAUAUGCAAGCUUCCCCCUCCCCCACAGGAAGAGGUCAAUAAAUGGCUCCCACAGUCUUCAGUGCCAGGUAAGCUUCAGCUAAUUUGUCAGUGACUUUGUGUCUAUGUGCUUGCUAGUGAAUGAGCUUGUAUUUUUGUGUCAGUGAACUUGUCUGUAGUGAGCAUGUGUGUGUCAGUGAGCUAUUCUGUCAGUGCACUUAUGUGUAGUUACCGUGUGUGCAGUGGUGUAUCCUGGUUUUGUGCUGCCCUAGGCAGGACAAAACUCAGGCGCCCCCCUCCCCCCCGGGCCACCCCCACCCAACCCUUCCCCCCGCCCCACCUUCUAAAUACACACACACACAGUCAGACACAAACACACACACAGUCAGACACAUACACAAACACACACACACACAGUCAGACACAUACACAAACACAUACACAGACACAGUCAGACACAUACACAAACACAUACACAGACACAGUCAGACACAAACACACACACACACAGUCAGACACACACACACAUACACAGUCAGACACAAACACACACACACACAGUCAGACACAAACACACACACACACACACACAGUCAGACACAAACACACACACACAGUCAGACACAUACACAGACACAAACACAGUCAGACACAAACACACAUACACACAGUCAGACACAUACACAGACACAAACACACACACACUCACAAACACACACAUAGUCAGACACAAACACACACACACACACACACACACACACAGUCAGACAAAAACACACACACAGUCAGACACAAACACACACACACACACACACACACACACACAGUCAGACACAAACACACACAUUAACUUUUUUUUUAAUUUAAACCCCCCCCCUCCUUACCUUUGGGAGUGCUGGGGGGGGGGGUCUUUCUCCCUGGUGGUCCAGUGGCUGCAGGGCAGGCGGCGCUGGCAGGCGGGCAGCCGACGAGGCAGCACUUCCCAUGAGCUGACUGCUCAGCUCCCUCGCACGUCGGCUGCAGAGUGAGGCUGGGAGCCGGAAGAUGAGGCUGGGAGCCGGAAGAUGACGUCAUCUUCCGGCUCCCAGCCUCACUUUGCGGUGCGCGAGGGAGCUGAGCAGUCAGCUCAUGGGAAGUGCUCCCUCGCCGGCCGCCCGCCUGCCAGCGCCGCCCGCCCGCCCGCUCGGGAUGUCAGUUAGCCGCAAGGCUAACAAGGCAUCUGCCCUGGGCAUUUGGGGGGCGGUGUUUUUUGCCGCCCCCUGAAAAAUGCCGCCCAAGGCAAAUGCCUUGUUUGCCUCGCGGCUAAUACGUCCCUGCGUGUGUGUGUGUAUGUUAGUGAGCGUGUGUGUGUGUGUGUCAUUAACUUAAUUUUUGUGUAUGAUUUGUCAGUGAUUGUGUGUGUGUGUGUGUGUGUGUGUGUGGGUGGUGGGGGGUCUGUGUGUAUGUCUGUGAUUGUGUUUGUGUAAGUCUCUGAUUAUGUGUGUGUCUGUGAUUAUGUUUUUGCAGGUAUGUGAUUGUGCGUAUAGGUCUGAGUGUGUGUGUGUGUGUGUGUAUAUCUGUGAUUUUGUGUGUGAAUGUAUGUGUUGUGUGUGUCUGUGUGUAUAGGUAUGUGAUUGUAUGUGUGUGUGGGUCUGAUUGUGUCCGCAUGUAUGUGAUUGUGCUUAUAGGUCUGUGAUUGUGUGUGUGUGUGGGUCUGUUAUUGUGUGUGGAUAUAUCUUUAAUUGUGUGUGUAUAAGUCUGUGAUUGUAUGUGUGUGUGGGUCUGUGAUUAUUUGUGUAUGUAUGUGAUUGUAUGUGUGUUUGUGUGGGGGUAUGGGGUUUUAUUAUAUAAAUUAAUUAUAUUAUAGAUUUUAUGUGUAGCCCAAGACUAUUCCUCUGCGCUUAAUGUGGCCCAGGGAAGGAUGGACACCCAUGCUUUAGUAAAUAACACUAAGUAUUUUCUGUGCACCAGGAAUCAUAGGCAUCGGAAUGAAUUUGCAUAAAAUGCCCAACAAAUGCCUUAUUUAAAAAAAAGUUAAAUUAGAAGCUUUAGUUUUUGACUUCAGUAUUAUUUUCCAGCCCGUGCUGUGAUGAUGUUCUCUCUCAUACCACUACCUACCAUCAGAUCUGUCCUAUCCAAGCAAGUGCAAGGUUCAUCUUAUGGUGAGUAACAUGUCUCUUUGUGAUAAUAAUCUCAGUUAAUGCAAAUGUUCACAUUCUUCAUGUAGGUGUGCAGGUGAUUUGGCAUUACAUUUCCUCUCCCUCUCCCUUCCCCUGAAGUGUGUAGUGUGUGUAUAGUUGGUGUAGAGCAGGGUUAGGGAACCUUUGGCACUCCAGCUGUUGUGGACUACAUCCCCAUGAAGCUCGUAUAGCUAUAAUUAAGGCAAUGCAUCAAUGCAUUAGGGGAGAAAUAUGCCUAACCUUGGUGUAGAGCGUGUGUAGUGUGUGUAAGUACAGGAGGUGUAGUGUGUAUAUUGGAUGUACAGAGUGUGUGUGUGUUUAAUAAGUGCAGGGAAUGUAGUGUGUGUGUAUAUAGGGGGUAUAGUGUGCGUAGUGUGUUUGUGUCUGUAAAUGCAGGAGUGUCAUGUGCGUAUAUAGGGGGUAUAGAGUGUGUGUAGUGUAUUUGUUAAAUGUAGGUAAGCAGGCCCGGCGCUACCAUAAGGCGCCUUAGGGCGCACCGGCCCAGGGGAAGUGAUCGCCAGGUGACCAGAAGGAGGAGAGCGCCAUUCGCAUCGCUCCCCUCCUGUUGGUGACUGCGUGGAGCGUGGCCCGAGCGGUCAUAAUGCUACUUACCCAGUCUGACAUGAAAAGAUAAAAGAUACAGGGGACAACCAUAAAAAGGUACAAGGGGGAGGGGAACAAUAAAAGAUACAGGACAGGAGGGGGAAGACAAUAAAAGGUACAGGAGGGGAAAGGAAGGAGACAAUAGGUAAAGGGGGGAGCAAUAAAAGGUACAGGAGAGGAUGGGGACAAUAAAAGGUACAGGAUGGGAGCGGGUACUAUGAAAAGUUCAGAAGGGGGGGACAAUAAAAGGUACAGAAGGGGGAACAAUAAUAAAAGGUACAAGUGGAGAGGCAAUAAAAGGGACAGGAGGGGAGGGGGGACAUUAAAAUGGGGGGGAUUGAAAAACACAGGAGGGAAAGGGGGACUAUUAAAGGUUCAGGAGGGGAGGAGGUGAGAUAAUAAAAGGUACAGAGGGGCAAUAAAAUGGAGAGGAGGGGCAAUAAAAGGUGCAGAGGGAUAAUAAAAGAAACAGGAGUGCUGUGGGACACAAAUAGAUAUACUGGAGGUUGAGACAAAUACACAGAGGGGCUGGGGGGAAAGAUGCACAGAGGGGUUGUGGGGGAGAAAGAAGUACAAAGGGGCUAGGGGGAGAAAGGUGCUGGGGUAAAAAGACGCACAAUGUGUUGUGGAGAAAGAGACACAGAAAGCUGCAGGGGGAUGAAAGACACACAAAAGGGCUGGGGGAAAGAAAGAGACAGACAAAGGGGCUGGGCGAAGUAAAAAAAUACACAAGGGGGGUUGUAAGAGACAGAUUAGAGAAAAUACAGCAAAGUGGACACACAAAAGGUAAAGGGGGGCAAGACAUAAAAAAUGGGAUAUAAAACACUAAAGGGGGCAAGUUAGUCAAAAGGGGUGUUAGAAGACACACAGGUGAAGAUACAUUUUUUUUUUUGGUGGGGAGGGGGUGGCAAAAUGCAUCUUCUCCUGUGUAGUCAAAAAUCCUUGCACCGGCCCUGUAGGUAAGUGAAGGGUGUGUAGUGUGUGUGUAUAGGAAGGUAUGUAAUGUGUGUCUGUGUGUGUGUAAGUAAGUGCAGAUGGUGUAGGGGGUAGGAUGGGGGCUUAAACAAAUCAUUUAAAACAAACACCUUUACACCCCCUCUUAUUACUUUGCAGGGGGAGAACUCUGGUGGUCCAGUGAGCUAGUUAUGUGGUCUCAGCCAGUGUUUCAGAGUGGGUUGCCACUGCAUUCUGACAAUAUCGGAGCUCACCAGAGCUGGGUUGGGGGGAGUGGGGGUGUUUACCAAAACCAAAAUUUUGUUUUAUGAAAACUGUGGUUUUUGGUUGUAGUAACUGUAAGUGUCAAGUUAUUUCAGUAGUAGUAUGAGUCCAAAUGCAUAGGAGGAUAAUUGAAUAUUGCAUGGUACCUAUAGGGGAGAAAGGAGUGUGAAUAAUAUGAGGCCAGUUAAAGUUGAAUUAAAAUGAGAUAUUGGAUGUGAUAAAUUUUGUAAUUUAGAGAUCUGUUAAAAGAAAUAUUUGAAUCGUGGAAAAUUCACCCGCCUAUACUUCCCCCUCCAAACACAGCACGUUCAGGCAGAGUAGACACCUGCCAUCCAUGCCUACUCUGCCUUAUCACACAGCCGGCCUUUUCCUGGGCCCCUCCCAGGAGAAGGUUGCUUAGGUGGCCAGCCGGCCUGCUCCUGGAGUACCUCCUGCUUUUGGUUGAAACACUGUGUUCUAUAGGAUCCCACAUUAAGCCUGCCACUAUAAGGGUGGUAAUAUAAUGUUACAUAGUUACAUAGCUGAAAAGAGACUUGCGUCCAUCAAGUUCAGCCUACCUCACAUUUGUUUUUUGCUGUUGAUCCAAAAGAAGGAAAAAAAAACCAGUUUGAAGCACAAUUUUGCAACAAGCUAGGAAAAAAAUUCCUUCUUGACCCCAGAAUGGCAGUUAGAUUUAUCCUUGGAUCAAGCAGUUAUUACCCUACAUUGAAAGAUUAUAUCCUUGAAUAUUCUGUUUUGCAAGUAUGCAUCUAGUAGCUGUUUGAACAUCUGUAUGGACUCUGAUAAAACCACUUCUUCAGGCAGAGAAUUCCACAUCCUGAUUGUUCUUACAGUAAAAAAAACCUUUUCUUUGCCUUAGACGAAAUCUUCUUUCUUCCAGUCUAAACGCAUGGCCUCAUGUCGUAUGUAAAGUCCGGUUUGUGAAUAGAUUUCCACACAGUGGUUUGUAUUGGCCCCGAAUAUAUUUGUAUAAUGUUAUCAUAUCCCCUCUCAGGCGACGUUUUUCUAAACUAAAUAGGUUUAAAUUUGUUAACCUUUCUUCAUAGCUGAUAUGUUCCAUUCCUUUUAUUAAUUUUGUAGCCCACCUUUGCACUUUUUCUAGUGCCAUAAUAUCCUUGUUUAGAACAGGUGCCCAAAAUUGCACAGCAUAUUCAAUAUGGGGUCUUACCAGUGAUUUAUAAAGAGGCAAAAUGAUAUUCUCGUCCCAAGAAUGAAUGCCCUUUUUCAUGCAUGACAAUACCUUACUGGCCUUGGCCACUGCUGAUUGACAUUGCACAUUGUUGCAUAGUUUGUUGUCUAUAACAAUUCCCAAGUCCUUUUCGUGUGUUGUUAUCCCUAAUUUUCUUCCAUUAAUGGUAUACGUUGCUUGUGAAUUCUUUAUGCCAAAGUGCAUAACUUUGCAUUUUUUAACAUGAAAUUUAAUCUGCCAUUUGAGUGCCCAGUCCCCCAGUCUAUCUAAAUCCCUCUGCAGCAAAGUAAUAUCUUGCUCACAUUGUAUUAUUUUACAAAGUUUUGUGUCAUCUGCAAACACUGAAACAUGACUUUCAAUGUCAUCCUUUUAGUAUUGGAUACUUGGUGCCUUAGGAUUGUGUGUUGGUGGCAUAUCUGCUUUGACACAAGACAUAGAUUUUAACAAUUCAUGUUUGAAUUUGAGCUGUCUUGAAGUAUUUGGACUCACUGAAGUCCAGACCAAAUUCAAGCUCAUUCGAAACAUGCUCUGCAAAAUUCACACAUUGGUACUUACAGUGAACAAUGUCUAGGUUUUGCAGUGGGAACCUAAACUGUGCCAAAUGGUUUGCCCCAUUCAGUAUAUUGCCAUUAAAAAAAAAAAAAAUCAUUGGUUUUGUUUUAUAAAGAAACAAGCACAUUUAUAAAGGUUAUCAGCAACAGUUCCUGCGUAAAUAAAACUUCCAGUAAAUAAAACAGAAGAGCACUCAUCAUGUUAUAGGGUAUUAUAUUGCCUAUUUUCACAAAUUCUAAAGUAAAAUUAUAGUUGUUUCUCUAAAUGUCUGUACCCAAAGCAAGUUUUAACAUUGUUACUCACACUGACUAAGAAGAGACAGAUUAAUUUUUAUUCCAGGAAUUCCCCAUUGCUUGUUACCCUUGAUUUGUUAAAAACAAAUGACAUUCACAGGGUUUAACUUUAUCCACACAAAAAUAAUAAUGGUAUUGCUGCACUUUAGUGACCUCCGGUUGACUGGCUUACUGCUGCUGAUAUUUAUUGUGGUAUAUAAAUUCUCGUUAUUUAAGUCCAUACUCAUUUCCUGUUUGACCUCCCACGCUCAUUACACAAUUCUGUUUCUGAAAACGAACUCCAUGCUCCAUGAACAGGGAAGCUAACACCAAUUUAGGCAAACAUAUGGUUAUCUAAAUCUGUUUUGUUCUAUUUCAAUACUCUCUAUACCAUUACUAUUUGGCCAUUGAAUCACUUUUUGAUUUAUUCACUAAAUUGGGAAACAUUAGGAUUUCAGGCUGAAUUCCAAGCAAAUUUAAAGUAUUCAGCCAUAAUAGCUGAAUUGAUAGAGUUCUCAAAUCCGAUCUGUUUUUAGUUUGACUAUUUUGGUCUGAAAUUGGAAAUUCAUUUUAUAUUCACUGUGUCUUUAAUAUGCAUUUUCUAACUACAAACCUAAAAAGCAUUACAGGCCUACCGUGCAUGUAUGGCAAUUGCUUUGCUGCACCAAUCAGCAUUUCCUCAUAGAAAUGCAUUACACCGAUACAUCCAGGGCCGGUGCAAGGAUUUCUGCCGCCGUAGGCAAAGAUCUAUUUUGCCGGCCCCUCAGAUCACUAACUCACUGAAAGACACACACUGACACACACACUAGCUCACUGACACACACACAGACACUUACUGACAAACAUACACACACUCACUGACAUACAUACACUCACUCAUUGACAGACAGACACACAUACACUCACUCACUGACACACACACACAGACACUUACUGACAGACACACUCACUGACACACACACACACACACAGACACUCACUGACAUACAUACACUCACUCACUGACAGACACACACACACAACACUUACUGACAGACAGACAUACACUCACUGACAGACACAUAAUCACUCACUCACUGACAGACAUACACUCACUCACUGACACACACACAGACACUCACUGACAAACACACACACAGGCAGACACUCACUGACACACUUAAACACUAACGUCCCUGCUGGGGUCCAGUGUGGAGCAGCUCCUCAGUUCUCCAGCAUGCAGUUUAGUGUGCCUGCUCUGCAUUACCUAAUACAGGUUCGGAGGUGCCCUGAGGGGGCCAGAUGGCCACCUCCUGGGCCCCCUAUGACAGCGCUCUUUUUGGCGCCCCCACCUUCGGGCACCUUGAGGAUCGACCUAACGCUGGGGAGCGGCUCAAGAGCCGCUCUCCCAGCGCUGUGGCCCCAGACAAGGGGUGCCCACCAGGAAACAUCCCAGUGGGUGCUCCCAGCAGAUCGGCGCCCUAGGCAAAUGCCUAAUUUGCCUAACGGUGGCACCGGCCCUAAAUGCAUCUCUAUGGAAGUGUUGAUCUUGAUGAUGAUGCUGAGCCUGAAGACAGUGAACUACGGUUAUGGUGCCAGGAGUUCCUCUGCACUCCAUCCCACCCCAUUGUAAGUAGUCAGACUAUUUUUGAGCAUUUUGACUUCAUACCUGGGAUUCAAUUAGGGGUCCCCAAGCCAGAGACUAGCUCAAGAACCAAGAGUGAUAAACAGGCAGACAGUAAUCAUCCAAAUCACUCAACAACUGCCCUUUUAAAACUGUCAUGAAACAAUGAGAUUGCAGUUAUUUUCCUUGAUUUUGCCAAGGCCCUUGACACAGUAGAGUCGACCAUGGCAUUCUUUUGCAAAAACUUAAAAACUCAGGUAUUGGUGAUCGUCCGCUAACCUGGUGUCGAUCAUAUGUAACAGAUCGAUCGCAAUAUGUGGCCAUUUCUAAUAUUGCCUCCCUCUUCCAAUCAUGUGUGUUGUUGCCCAAAGCCCCCUACUCUUCACAUUAUUUAUAAAUGAUCUGCCUAAUGUCUGCAAAGCCUUAACUAUACACAUGUAUGCAGGCGACAGUUAUCUAGGCUAGUAAACCCAAGCUACCCCAGCUUGAGACUGUGCGCCAAUACCAAUUUACAGAGGUAGAAAAGUGAAUAGCGGAUAACAAACUCUUCCUAAACACUGACAAAACGGUUAAAAUGAUCCUUGGAACUGUACCUAAAUUACGUAAACAACAAAACCCCCAACUAUAGAACAAUUUCAAAUAUGUAGUUAUAUUUCUAGACCCCAAUCUAUUCUUUGACCGAUCCAUUGAAAACUCUCUUUAAAACUAUAUCCAAAACUAGGUGUCCUGUAGAAACAUAUCCUGCCUAAGCCAUACAGUAAGGAAACAAUAAAUGCUACUGCCGGUCAUUGAUUAUCGGGAUGUAGUGUAUGCACCUGCACCGCAAAUCCACCUUAAUAAACUUAAUGCAUUGUAUAAUUUGUUCUGCCACUUUAUACUAGAAUAUAAUUACACGACCCACCAUUGUGACAUGUUAUGUUGUUAUGUUGAAUUCCGACGCACACUUCAUUUUUCCAGCCUUGUGCAUAAGAGCUUUUAUGAGAAGCUCCCACCCUACCUGAGUAGAAUGCUCUCCCUGGCAGUUCCCACCUCCUAUAACCUCUGAUACAGUACUAUCGCGAUAUUUAGCAUACUACAAUACAAAAAUAAAGUGGCUCGAUCCUCAUUUUCCUACAGAGCACCACAAUUAUGGAAUUACCUCAGGGACACAGAGCUGUUUGGCAGCAUACCUAAAUACAUAUGUCAUUGCUGACUAUAUUUAUUACCUAUUAUCUGUUACAUUUAUAUAUUUGUGUAUGUAUAUAUAUAUUGUAUUAUUUUUUUUGCAAUAUUAUAUUGUACCCUAUUGUAACAAUGUAGUGAUUGUGGGCUGAGGACAUAACUGAAAACGAGAGAAAUCUAAAUGUAUCCUUCCUGGUAAAAUAUUUUGUAAGUAAAUAAAAAUAAGAUGCCAGAGAAAUAGAUUAUUUUUUUUUUUUUAUUUGCUUUCUUGGUUUUCACAGAAUAAAGACAUUUUAUUCUAAUGAUCUACUUAUAUAAAUAUUAUUUAUUGUACAUACAUAGGGAUGGUCUGUGGGAGUGCAUAUUUCAUAUAUAUUUUUAUAUUUUUUAUUAUUUGUGUAUUAUUUAAUAGGUGUAGUACACACAGAGCUUGUUGGCACCUCACCUUAUAUAUUUGUAUACAAUUACUUUUGUGUGCGUAUUUUUGCCUCAUUUUUUUUUUUUACAUGAUAGAUUGUUUCCCCUGAAAACAUUAAUGUGCAGCCAUUCAUGUUCUGAAAAGGAAAUGUGUAGGUAUUUGCCAAAGACAGCAUGCUUUAUAUUUUGCGGGGGGAUGAUGGGCUGAUUGGAGAUGUAUACUCAAGAGUAGCCACACUAGAUUAUUUUUAAAACCCUCCUUUAAAAACAUAUUUCAAUCCCUCGAUAUAAAAUGUGCACCACUCGUGACAUAUUCUGUACUGACAACGCAAUUUCUAUGCGUUAUUUUUCCCUAUUAAUAAGUCUCUAUAAGCUUGUUUGUCUAACAAUGCACAAAGAAAAUAAAGAAUGUCAAAAUAAACAAAAAAAAAACAUACUUCAAAUAUGGACUCUACACUUCACUCCCUUAUUUUAUUUUUUUUAAAAGUCUCUCUUUUUGGCAUGCACUGGUUAGAUAUGCUUGGGGCAUAAGAAAAACUCACCAAAAACAUUUGGGGAUUUUACACCCAUAGUGUUAAAAAUUCCUUUACACAGAGUAAGCACCUAAGCAAGUUUUGAAAUGAAUCUCUUCAUAUAACGCUCAUACCACAGGCCUAAUUUCACUGGCUCGACUCGAAUUGCAGAGCCAUACACUAGAGUGUGAAAUCUUCUGUAAUAUAAUAUGGAAUAAUGACCAUUGUUCCUAUUGUAUAUUUGUGUCUACAAUCACUAUUUUGAAAUCUUUCCACUUGUAGAACAGUUUUCACUACAUCACUAAAACAGCUCGAGGCAACAUAGGUAACAUAGGUGUUUCACGUGAAAAGACAAAAGCAAAGAAAAUGUCAGGGUGUGGACCAAUCUUCUAUUUAAAUAACUAUAUUACAGUGAGGGGAAAUAAAGGUAUUUGAUCCCCUACUGAUUUUGAACGUUUGCCAACUGACAAAGAAAUGAUCAGUCUAUAAGUUUUAUAGAGAGAGAGAAUAACAAAGAAAAUACUGAAAAAUACUAGUCAAAAAAGUUAUAAAUUGAUUUGCAUGUCAAUAACUGAAAUAAGUAUUUGAUCCCCUUUGACUUUCUACUUGGUAGCAAAACCCUUGUUUGUAGUCACAGAGGUCAGAUGUUUCUUUGCCACCAGGUUUGCACACAUCUCAGAAGGGAUUUUGUCUUAUUCCUCUUUGCAGAUCCUCUCCAAGUCAUUAAGGUUUUGAGACUGACGUUUGGCAACUCGAACCUUCAACUCCCUCCACAGAUUUACUAUGGGAUUAAGGUCUGGAGACUGACUAAGCCACCCCAGGACCUUAAUGUGCUUCUUCUUAAGCCACUCUUUUGUUGCCUUGGCUGUGUGUUUUUGGUCAUUGUCAUGCUGGAAUACCCAUCCACUACCCAUUUUCAAUGCCUUGGCUGACAGAAGAAGAUCCUCACCCAAGAUUUGACAGUACAUGGCCCUGUCCAUCGUCCCUUUGAUGUGGUGCAGUUCUCCUGUCCCCUUAGCAGAAAAACAUGCCCAAAGCAUAAUGUUUCCACCUCCAUGUUUGACGGUGGGGGUGGUGUUCUUGGGGUCAUAGGCAGCAUUCCUCCUCCUCCAAACAUGGCCAGUUGAGUUGAUGCCAAAGAGCUCAAUUUUGUUCUCAUCUGACCACAACACUUUCACCCAGUUCUCCUCUGAAAUGUUCAGAUGUUCACUGGCAAACUUCAGACGGGCCUGUACAUGUGCUUUCUUGAGCAGCAGAACCUUGUGGGCGCUGCAGGAUUUCAGUCCUUUACGGCGUAGUGCGUUACCAAUUGUUUUCUUGGUGACUAUGGUCCCAUCUUCCUUGAGAUCAUUGACAAGAUCCUCCUGUGUAGUUCUGGGCUGAUUUCUUACCAUUCUCAUGAUCAUUAAAACUCCACGAGGUGAGAUCUUGCAUGGAGCACCAGACCGAGGGAGACUGGCAGUUAUUUUGUGUUUCUUUCAUUUGCAAAUAAUUGCACCAACUGUUGUCACCUUCUCACCAAGCUUCUUGGCAUUGGUCUUGGAGCCCAUUCCAUCCUUGUGUAGGUCUAUAAUCUUGUCCCUGACAUCCUUGGACAGCUCUUUGGUCUUGGUCAUGGUGGAGAGUUUGGAAUCUGAUUGAUUGAUUGCUUCUGUGGACAGGUGGUGUCUUUUAUACAGGUAAAGAGCUGAGAUUAGGAGCACUCCCUUUAAGAGAGUGCCCCUAAUCUCAGCUUGUUACCUGUAUAAAAGACACCUGGGAGCCAGAAAUCCUGCUGAUUGAUUGGGGAUCAAAUACUUAUUUUACUCAUUGACAUGCAAAUCAAUUAAUAAAAUUUUGGACAUGCGUUUUUCUACCUUUUUUUUUUUUUUUUUAAAUUCUGUCUCUCACUGUUAAAAUUCACCUACCAUUAAAAUUCUAGACUAAUCAUUUCUUUGUCAGUGGGUAAACGUUCAAAAUCAGCAGGGGAUCAACUACUUUUUUCCCUCACUGUAUGUUUUAUAGUUACCUUUUCAGACUCAAAAUAAAAAAAAUACCACAUAUUCUAAUGAAUGGUUUUCUUAUAUAUGUGUCAGUUUAAGACAGUAUUUGAGCAAUUCUUUUAUGUAUUCCAGGAAAAAUCUUUGUCGUACUUCAGUUCUCUCUGGCAAUCUCUGCAGUGAUUACCUCCAUUGCAUUCAACAAGAUCUACCAGGCUACGUUACAACUUUUCUCUGGUUCAAGUUUUAUCCUAUCUGCUGUAAUUGCUGCUCUGAGUCUUAUUCCCAUUGGGUAAGUAGAACGACAUUGUAAUGGUAGCUUACUAUAUAGCACUAAGAAAAACAUAGAAAGGCUGGUUAUGUGUUAGUAACUGUGCCUAUAUCAGUAUAUGUUAACUCGUUAAGGACAAGGUUAAUAGUCCAAAUUCAGAGCCAAAACAAAACCUAGAAAUGCAUGUGUUUGUUCCACCAUAAUGUAAGGGUUUCUCUUUAAGUUCCCCCAUACAUAUCAUAUAUUGUUUUUUAAAGGACAGAAAUAUUAAGUGUAAAUAAAAUGUUUUAAAAAAAAAUGAAAACGAAAAACAUUUUUUUAAAACUGUACAUCCAGUUCAACAAAAAAACAAAACUCAAAGUAGAUUCCUCUGUCAGUCCUGAUUGUUAAAUGCCUCAUAUGUUUAUGAUCUAAAUACACUUUUGGUAAUUAAUGUUAACCCUUUGCCAACCUGCCACCUAGAGCUAUGCAUACUUUAACCCUAUGCUUACACCAAUGCUACUUGUAUACAUAUCCUUACCUUACCCUUAACCCGACACUAUCUAUAACCCUAGAACAGCAUUAACCCAAACCCAGCAUUAACCCUUACCUUUCUACACUCACACCCAUAAAUCUAACAUUAUCUCCAACGUAACCCUAACAUCUCCACUAAUCCCAAUCCUAAAGAAAACCUCUGCUAAUAUAAAUGUUCUUAAUUAAAACAGUAUAUGGAGGUCUGUUACAUUCAAUGUAAUCAUGAAUGGAGCCUGCUUCCAAGCUGAUUACACUGUGACCGGUGCUGGGCCACUGGCAAAGCUGGGAAUAGGCAGGGAGAGAUUGGCGGUCCCCCUGAAGCAGUCUGCACCCCAGAAACACCGCAGCUGUUAUCACUCAGCCGAGGUGUAAUGAAUGCAGUUAAAGGGCUCUAAGCAGGAAUAUGAGUGGGGAUUUUAACACUGCUCACAUCAAAACUGCUGCCAUUACACAUUAAAGGCAUUAAAGCCCAUUAUCGUUAGGACGUGCUGACACGUCUUAAGGUCCUUAAAGUUUAACUCCCUGAGAGACGUAAAAAAUAGGGAUAUGAAAGAAAUUUACGAAUCAAUUAGAAAAGUAGACGUUAUAUGUAAAGUAUGUUAAGAUAAAACUAAAAAAGCUAAAUUAAAUAUGAAGAGCUAAUAAAUAUACAAUCAUUGUAGAAACCUUGGUAUAUCUGAAGAUCAUAAAACCGAUACAUUAAGUGUAUCCUUUAUAAUGUUUCUACCGAGAUAAUUAAUUUUUUUCUGGUCCCUGAGUGCUCACUGUACGCAUACAAUAGAGAAAAAGGGUAGGGUCGCACUCAGCCACAACAAUUCAACCCAGGGUGCUACUGAGCAUGGGUCAGCAAAAAACCACAAGAACAAUGUACAAAAUGAAAAAACUCAGGCACUCACUGCGAUUAUUUGCAGGCAGAUUUAUUGCAACGUUUCGACCUGUUAAGGUCUUUUUAAAGCUAACACCACAGUGGCAAAAUUGCACUUAUACAUACACAAGUUACAAACAAACAAUUAGUUAAGUAAACAAUUAGGCAAUUAGAAAUUACAUUAAACAAGUGUUAAAAAAAUAAUACAAUCAAUAUAUCAAGUUAAUGCAUCAAACUUUAAAAAAGACAUGGUAAUGAAUAAAUAGAUUCUAUUUGUACACUGUACAUAUACAGUCUCUCAAGUUAGAAUUAACCUAAUCAUUUAAAUGUAGCAGCAGGCAAAGCUGAGAUGCAGCACUAAAAAGUACACUCCGAAUUAAAAUGAAAACAUUAAAAAAAAACAUUGUUGGAGGUCCACAGUGCUCUAAACCUCGUCCAAGUGUCCUUUGUUCUGCUAGAUAGUUGCUUGGUGACUCUAACAUAUGCAGACACCAGGAGAAUGGGCAUUUCUUGGCCCGUUCUUUGAGCUUGAAAAUGUGAAUAUAUGACUUACCCUACCACCCACUGUGCAGGAUGGAAGGAAGUGGUAGGAUCAUUCACAGCCCCCUACCUGGUUUUGUUUCCUAUCUAGUCCUCAUCUAACAAUGUUGAGGAAGGGUAUACUCUCUAAGGUGUUUUUAGUUGGAAUAAAAUAGAAAAUCCCUUUCUUGUGGUUUUGCGGAAGGUCAUUUUGUCAUGCUCUUUCUAUAAUUUGAUGGACCCUCUUAUGGUUGUUGCCAAACCAGUUUAGUUUGCUGGUCAGGUCAAUCUGGAGUGCGUUUACUUUUUCCAUUGACAUUAGUUUGCUUCUCACUGUUUAGCGCACAGGAGGACCAUCAUCCGCCAUAACAAAACGCAAGUUUGCUCCUGUUGCCAAUUAUUUCUUCCUGCAGUGGAGAGACUGUCUCAAAAAAACCAACAAAAUAAAUUGUUUAGAAAAAAAUGUGGACAACAGAAAAAUCACAAUUAAUUAAUGUUAAUUUUAAUUAUAGAAAUCUUCAAUUACUGCCAUAAUUAUAUCCUAAAGGUCAUGUUUGAAAUCUAUGCUCUAUUUUCUCUGUAAGGGGGCUGUCCUAGGUAAUAGUUUGACAGCAUUUGUAGCUAAUUUCAGGAUUCAUCAGUAGUGAUAGACAUUUUAAAGUGUUAUGUUACAUUCCAUUUUUAGAUAAAUUAUUGUUAUGAUUAAGUUUUUACAUAAAAAGAACAGAUCAUAUAAUUUAGUUUAAUUAUUCUUGAAUAGCAACAAGUAAAAUGUAACAUGUUAAUCGCAGUGUGUAACUGUUAAUCAUAUUUUGUCAUCUCUUUUAGUAUUGCAGCAUAUAAGUAUCCAACAAGACCCAAUACUGAUGCCACAACGUGACCAGAAUCCAAGAUGGCAAAGACUGAUCAAUCCUGUUUCUUUGAUGUAUAUUUCACUAAAUCUUUAUAAUGAACAUUUUAGUUCCCGUACUAGGCUCAUGUGUUUUACAAUAAAUACUCACCUGUUUCAAGCUUUAAGAAGACAGUAUAAAACCCCACAACAUUCGCUAACUGGAAAAGGCCUGGUAUAUUACAUAUCUCACAGUAACGAUAUCAUGAAGAAGUGGCCAAUCUACAGUUACAUAGUUACAUAGACUGAAAAAAGACACGUGUCAAUCAAGUUCAGCUUUUAUACUGUGGCCAGGAAAAGACUGACAGCCCUAUGAUGAGCCACACUCACUGAUUCUGCAGCCAAACACUGUGUCAGUUGGUUAUAUCCUCUGUUUCCAAUUGGUCAUUGACUGUAUCCCAUCCCACCGGAGAGAUGGGUCCACCAAGGUGUGUGGAAAUUUUGAACCCUGUUGUAAGUGUGAAAAUAUGUUUGUCUAGUUGUAGUAGUGCAGUGUUGUGAUUACAAUGUGCAACUCACCAAAGGUUUGCAAUAUGGGAUCGUAUUUAAUGUAUGUGUGAAUGUGUUUAGAAACAUAGAAUGUGACGGCAGAUAAGAACCAUUCGGCCCAUCUAGUCUGCCCAAUUUUCUAAAUACUUUCAUUAGUCCCUGGCCUUAUCUUUUAGUUAGGAUAGCCUUAUGCCUAUCCUACGCAUGUUUAAACUCCCUCUCUGUGUUAACCUCUACCACUUCAGCUGGAAGGCUAUUCCAUGCCCCCACUACCCUCUCUGUAAAGUAAUAAUUACUAAGAAUUAUUUUUUUAACCUUGCCCCUUGGUUUCCAAAUACAUCCUGAGCAUGUUACUGUUGCCCAGCAUCCAGGGGAUGUUACUAUUGCGACCCCCAAGGUUGAACAGAUUCUACUGAUGAAACAUUAGCCCACUGAGCUAUAUCACCAGGCUGUUUAGCAGAUAUGCCCAAUCUUCAGCAUAUCAAGUGGGAUUAUAAGGGGGGUUUUAUACUAUAGUUAGACCCACAUGGGCUUUGUUAAACUUUUUACUUUGGUGGCUGGCUAGUGAUAGGUUUUUAACGAUUUGCUGUCUGGCUGCUAGCACUGGUAGUUUAUCUCACAAUGUAAUAGAGUUGGUGAUUUUAAGUGAGCAGCAGAAUAUGCAAAAGGGCUGGAGCAUUUUGGUAACCAGAUAAAAAUAAACUAUGAUAUCAAUGGCCCCUACUGAAGAUGAAUAGUUCCAAGUUAAUCAACAUUUGAAGGUUGGUAAAGUGUGUCAAUGUUAAAUCUGGGAGAGUUGUACAUGCACUGAUGUUUUAAAUGCAAAAUUAUUGUCUGCCACAUGAUUUAACUCUUACACCGCAGAGUGUUUUUUUUUUUUUAACGAUUUGUCUUCUGACUGCUAGCGCUGGCAGUAAGUAUGUAGUACUGAUUAUUAUAGCAAAAAGCAAGUGGACAAUCAUUUCCAAAUAAGAAUCCUACUGGAUACACAUUUGGAAUUAUCUGGUUAUCUUUAGAAUCUGUGCUUUGUAAAUGUAUGGAUCAUAUACUUCAAAUGUGAAAUGAACGGCUUUUAAAGUUGACACUGAAUGUGCCCAGCAACAUGGUGCAGAUUCUGCAUUCUUUCUUUCUACAGAUCCAGAUAUGCACCAUGAUUUCCAGUGGCAAAAACAAACAUUUCGAAAUUUAGCAAUAUCAUAUGCAAACAAUGAAAUGCUUUACCUUUAAUCAAAAUUAGAAAUUCAAUGGCACUCUUCCACCCUUGCUCCUCCAUUCCUUUUAACAUGUUUCCUCAGCUGCCUCUAAUCUUAACGAUUUAACUACCUUACACAUUAUUCAGUAUUUACAUAUUGCCCCAGAUCUCAGGCCAUCAACAUCAUAUCUCAAUUUCCCAUUAUUACCCAUUUAGAUUGGAAGCUCACAUGAUGUCUUGCUAAGCACUUUGUUUGCUAGACUGUAGGCUCAUGGGCAGAGCCUGUUUUUGUUUGCAUCAGUACAUGUUCAUUAUUUGUCUGUAUUAUUAUUUAUAUAGCGCCAACAAAUUCUGCAGCGCUGUACAAUGUGGUGUUCCCUCUAUUAUGCAGCUGUCGGCACUAUAUACAUACCAAAUAAUUAUAAUAAUUAGACUUGUUUAUAUUAAUUUAGGUGGGCUCCAAUUCUGAACUCAUUCAGAUUAAUUUUGUGAUGGCUUUUAAUAAAAUAUGUAUAAUAGAGAGUACAUUUUUUUUUCUCUUUUUCAUCAUGGUAGCCCACCAUGUAUCUCAGCAAAGUGUUUGUCUGAUGGACAAACUGGAAGGAAGAAUCCAUUACAAAAAUAACACCAAAUACAAAGUUAAGCAAUGCAUACCAUGACAUUCCAACUACCCUUCAAGGAAGGAUAGACUAUAUUCUUCCACACUAUCAUGGAAUCACAAUCAACACAAACCACAUACCACUCGAUCCAAUAAUUAUCAAACCCAGCACAUGAAUAUCACAACUCUUUUCCCACAGCUUCCAAUUAUCAUAAACACAAUGAUAAUCCAACAUAUUCCCCAGGGAUAUAUCAAAAUGAUAGCACAACAAGACCCAAAGUCCAAAGAUCUAGAUACGCACACAGACACUUUGAAAGCACUAAGUCACCUAUCAGUUACACUCACAAAAACAGAUAUCAAAUGUUAUCUAUAGACUCAGAAUCUGAAAAUGAUUAUUUUUUAGAAUUAUGCACUCAGAACAACACCCACGCACAAACACCACAUCCUAUAAAAACAAGGAAAAGGAAUUUAAGUUUAGAGGAAGGAGAAGUGGGAGAAGAACUCAAAAGAGAAAGGCUAGAUCGACAAUAACUCCUAUAAAUGAGAGGGAACUUGGCAUUUUUUAUUUAUCACAAAAAGCCCUAACAGCCACACAAAUAUCAGUCCUCAGUAAAGGACUAAAGUUUGCCCCAAUGAACCCUUAUAAGCCAUUUAAAGCAUUCAUAGAUAUUAAUAAAUUUGUAAGGAAGGCUACCCUAAGCCUAAAGUCAUUUAAGAGAUCCCUCUCUACAUACCUCAAAACAGAAUGCAUGUGUCAUGGUUGAUUAUAUAUUUCCUGCCUGUUCUAUGUUAAAUUUUGUAUAUAUUGUGUAUUAAUAUUGUUUUUGUAUUUUGUUGUACCUAAUGUAGCAAUGCAAUGAUUUGUGGACCCAGGACAUACUUGAAAACGAGAGAAAUCUCAAUGUAUCUUUCCUGGUAAAAUAUUUUAUAAAUAAAUAAAUAAAUAAGAGAUUCUUUGCCAGCAAAAACCUAGACACAAUUACUCCGAAACUCCCAGUUACAUUACCAGAUGAUUGCCCAAACGUAAUAUCUACCUCUCUAAAAAAGAACUCCACCUUUUUCCCAUCAAGUUUCAAAACAGGCCCCCUUGAGGUCUUCGAAAAAUUGGUCACAAAAGAUUUUGAAAAAAUCAAAAGAGACAAAUAUAAUCAAGACAAUCUCUCACAAUUAGAACGUAAGGCACUUUCACAAUUACAAAAAGAUGAAAGCAUUGUCAUAAAAUCAGCCGAUAAAGGUGGGGGAAUUGUAAUACUGUCUAAAGAUAUGUACGAAGGAGAAGCCAUGAGACAACCCAAUGACCAUAAGGUCUAUGACAAAUUACCACAAGACCCGACCCCAAGGAUGCAGCAAAUUUUAACCUCUUUUUUAAAUAAUGGCCGAGACCAAAAGAUUUUAAAUAAACAAGAAUACAACUUUUUAAAUGUCUCUCAUUCAAAAAUUCCAGUUAUUUACUUCUUACCAAAAAUUCAUAAAGAUGAUAAAAAUCCCCCUGGAAGGCCUAUUGUAUCAGGGAUAAAUUCCAUUUUAUCAAACUUAUCUGAAUAUUUAGAUAUCCUCCUACAACCCUCUGCUAAAUGUAUGAAAUCGUACUUAAAAGACUCCAUGACUCUACUACGUUUUUUAAAUAAUUUUAUUUGGAAAGACACUUAUUUUUUAGUUACUUGUGACAUACAAUCGUUGUAUACAAUUAUCCCUCACGAUAAAGGCUGCUCCGCAGUGGAAAAAAUUCUAAGGGCAGAAAACAGAAUUCCAGACCAACAAAUUAGUUUUAUAAUAGAAGGUAUUAAUAUUAUUUUAAAAAAUAACUAUUUUUGGUUUUUAGACUCUCUUUAUUUACAGAAACAAGGUACUAAUAUGGGGACCAGGUUUGCGCCCAGUUAUGCUAACCUCUUUAUGGCAGAGUGGGAAACUACAGCCAUUUUUGGAGAGCAUGACUGUAAGACAAGCCUGGUCACAUAUUUUAGAUAUGUUUUUUAUCUGGGAAGGCACAGAAAGUUCCCUUAAUCAGUUUCUACUUUUUUUAAACCAAAACAAUAAUGGUAUAGUUUUAACACAUGAAUAUAGCCAAUCUGUUAUUCAUUUCUUAGACCUAGAAGUUUUUAUGAGGUUCAUACUUUUUUUUAAAAGUCUGCACAAACAAUGUAAUUGAUAUAUCAAGCUUCCAUUAUAAACCAUGGCUGCAUGGAAUACCUAAAAGUCAGUUCCUCCAUUUGCGAAGGAACUGUUCUCUCACCCCAGACUUUGAAGACCAAUCCCAUACGUUAUUAUGUAAAUUCUCACAAAAAAAUUACCCUACUAAUAACUUAAAUUAAGCUAUUAAAAAUGUUAGGGAAAAAGACAGAUUGGAUCUCCUAGAAUAUCGAGAUAACAAAACCUCUAAGAAUGCUCCAUCAUUGCCAAUUAUCUUCGACUUCAAUAACAAAAAUAAUGUUAUGAAGAAGAUUAUCAACAAACAUUGGCAUAUAUUAAAACAGGAUGAGACUUUAGCUGGGAUUAUCCCAGAAAAAACACAUUAUAUUCAGAGGGGCACCUAGCUUCAAAUCCAUCCAUACAAAGAAUUAUACCAAACAGAACCAAACUACCUCUUCUUUUUGUUCUACACCUUUUCUUAAUAAGCCCAAAGGUUUUUUUAAAUGCAAUAAAUGCACAGUAUGCAAACAUACGGACGACCGUAUUAAAUCAAAAACUACCUCCUUUAAAUCAUCCAUUACCCAAAGAAUAUACCUUAUAAAAGAUUUUAUCCACUGUAGUACUAAAAAUGUAAUUUACCUAUUAGAAUGCCCAUGUGGACUUCAAUAAGUGGGCAUGAACACUAGAGAAUUAAAAAUUAGAUUGGCAGAACAUUGCCGAAAUAUUCGAAAAGGUUAUGAGAACCAUUCAGUAUCUAAACACUUUUUAAUACAUGGUAAAAAUCUUAAAUUUUUAAAAUGCAUAGGUAUAGACACUUGUAACAUCCCUUGGAGAGGUGGAGACAUAAAAAAGAUUCUAGGUAGUAAAGAAAUGGAAUGGGCAUUUAAUUUAAAAACUCUUACCCCACAAGGUCUCAAUAUAGACUUCGACCUUUUUAAUUUUUUAUAACUUUUAUUGCAUCUAUCCCUCCCUUUUAAUCAUGUAUUUUUAAUCAAAAUUAACAAAAGUAGAAAUAUAUAUGUAUAUAUAUAUAUUUAUAUAUUUAUGUAUUUUAAAUAUAAAAAAAUCAUUUUUAUAUAACACUAAUAUUCACAUUUAUUUUAUAUUAUUUUUUAUAUACACUUUUCUAUAUAUAAACAUUUUUUAAUAUUUUUUAAAUAUAAAUAACUUUGUAAUUAAUCUAUUGCUCUUUUUUAUAUAAAUUUUUUUUAUAUACAUAUUUUUAUCCUUUUAGCAAUCAUUUAUAUAUUUUUAUAUUUUAUUAUAUCAAUCUGUUGCUAUGGUUCCAUCUGUGUGCCCCCUAUGUAUUUGAAUCUGGGGUCUGGCUGCCCACUUUUGAGAGCAUGCUGUCUGUUCGUCUGUUUGAACAGACGGCAUGCUCACAGCCUGCCUCCAGCACUCACGAUCACCAGAGGGUUCCUCCCCUCUGAUGACGUGGGGCUUCCCCGAGUCCACCCGACCGGCACUCUAUCUCCGUAUGCAUGCGUUCCAUCACUAUGGAAUGCAUGCGUUUCAUUGCACCCACGUGACGCGGAAGUAAUUUUGUGCCACGCGUCACGUGACUUUCACUUGUAAUUAUGAUCUACAUCUCGUUUUCUAUAAAAUAUGCAUAUAAUCAAUGUGUAUAUGUAUGUAUAUGAUAUUUAUAUUACUGUUAAUAUAAUAUACCUAUUUUGAUAUGUACUUUAAAAUUAAGUUUGUGAUGACAUCAUUAUUAUGGCGUGAAUAUUCAAAUUCCAGUACAUUUAGUAUACCCUAUAUAAAGCAUUGUCAGUCAGGUUACUGUUUCUACUAUAUUCUACUUGAAGAAGCCUGUUGUGGGCGAAACGCGUUUAGAAUUUGUUUUAAUAGUUUUUAUAUUGUCCUAAUAAAGGAAUUUUGGCCUCAAAUAUUUUAUCGCCACAUUCCUAUUUUUUACUUAAUUUUAUUCUCACACCUAACUAACUUGAAUCAACACGAAUUUACGGAAAAAUCCUUAGGUGGGGAUUAUACCACCCAUACCCUAAAAAAGGACUGCUCAAUAUAUUGUGAGUACAUUUCAUACUUUUCUUUUUAUUUAUACUCAUAUCAUACAGUGAGCACUAUAUAUUUUAUCUGUUUUAAUUUUUUCGAUCAGAAUCCUCGGUGGACCACCUAUUUUGCAAGUUACUGCUCCAUAUAUCCUUGAGUGGGGAUCAUUCCACUUCACGCAC